UUCGUUUUGUCUGUUUGGGGGUGUUUUACAAGCACCAUAGUUCCGCCCCCGAGUGCGAGAUCGACGUGCUCGCUGUAGGAACUGAAACAGCAACGGAGGAACGUGCGGUGGAAGAUUCUACAGUUGUAGCACAUUUAAACAGAAAUUGUUCAUUUUCGAGGAUUUUCUUUCGUGAAGACGUGUUUGUAAAUCAGCGGUGAGACUGACAGCCCACAGAUCCCAUGAUGGAUGAGCUUCAGGAUGUCCAGCUGACCGAGAUCAAGCCCCUGCUGACCGACAAGAAUGCCCGGAAUUUCCAGGACUUCGACUGCCAGGAGCAUGACAUUGAGACUCCCCAUGGUGUCCUCCACGUGACCAUGAGGGGGACCCCUAAGGGCAACAGACCCGUUAUUCUCACCUACCAUGACAUCGGCCUCAACCACAAGUCCUGCUUCAACACCCUGUUCAACUUUGAGGACAUGCAGGAGAUCACGCAGCAUUUCGCUGUGGUGCAUGUGGACGCCCCAGGCCAGCAGGAGGGGGCCCCCCCAUUCCCUGCAGGGUACCAGUACCCCACCAUGGACAACCUGGCUGAGAUGUUGCCCUCUGUGAUGACCCACUUGAAAGUGAACAGUGUAAUUGGGAUCGGAGUGGGAGCUGGCGCCUACAUCUUGUGCAAACUUGCCUUGAACCAGCCCAGUCUUGUGGAGGGGCUGGUUCUGAUCAACGUGGACCCGUGUGCAAAGGGCUGGAUGGACUGGGCCGCUUCUAAGCUCACUGGAUGGACCAGCAACCUGGUGGAUAUAGUGAUGGGUCAUCACUUCAGCACUGAUGAGCUAACCGAGAAUCAGGAGAUUAUCCAGACAUACCGACUGCACAUUGCCCAGGAUAUCAACCAGGAAAACCUGGCCCUGUUCUGCACCUCCUACAACAGCCGUCAUGACCUGGAGAUUGAGAGGCCCAUCCCAGGUCUGAAUGAGGAGACCGUGAAAACGCUGAAGUGCCCUGCUCUGCUGGUGGUUGGAGACACGUCCCCAGCUGUGGAGGCGGUGGUUGAAUGCAACUCCAGGUUAAACCCAACAAAAACCACUUUGCUGAAGAUGGCCGACUGCGGCGGGCUGCCCCAAGUUGUCCAACCGGGGAAACUUGCUGAAGCCUUCAAAUACUUUGUCCAAGGCAUGGGAUACAUCCCUUAUGUUCAGCUCAGCCACCUGAACAGCGAAUCAGUGCCCACUGCCAGCAUGACACGGCUGGUCCGCUCCCGCACCCACUCCUCCUCCAGCAUGGGCUCCGGUGAGGGCAGCCGCAGCCGCACGCACACCAACAACCAGCUGGAGGGCGCCACCAAUGCCGCCGCCGCCGCCGCCCACGACAACCAGGCCAGGCCCCAGACCAUGGAGGUUUCCUGCUAAACAUGCCCAAGUCUGUCCUCCCGUAUGCCAGCUAGGGAUUCCUCCCAGCCCUCCUCUUUCCUUGUGUGUACCAAACUUUAUUCAAGGCCAGAGGGCCCUAUAAGGAACCAUGAGGGGACAACAUUUUUAAUAAAUGUAAGCCUUACAUUAGAAAACUCAAUAGCUUAUUUUCUUUACAUUCACCCAGUUGUGUGCAUGCCUGUCAUGGCACGACAGUUAAGGUAAAUUUGGUUACAAGUACAUUAGUUGAUCUUGUUUUGGUUUGGACCUUCAUUUGUGAAGGAAGUUUUUCAGUCAUAUGUUUGGUUUCUUUUAUGGUACUAGUCUUGCUCCUAAUGAACUUAAGUUACUGGAGGAAUGAUGAAAACAUCUCACUGUGUGAAGAUGAACAAUAUUCCCCUCUCCAAGGUCUUCCUCAUCUAUUUACCGGCCUGGCCAAUUACCAACUCCUUCUCUUACCUCUUCUCCCCUUUUGUUCCCUCCUUUCAAUCUUCCAUUCCUAGACUGAACACUUAAACAAAUGCACUUGCAUAAAUGCAUCUAUUCACUAAUCUUCUUUAUUGGUAUUUUUUAAAUUGUUUUUGUGAUUUGUGAAGAUACUCUGCUUACAUUAAUUGCAAAAUAGUAUGACAUACUUGUUCUCGUUCUGUACAUUUAUACCUUAUUUACAGCAUGACUCUGUUGUACAUGAAAAUAAAUAGAAGUGUAUUUAAAAGAAAAGGCUUGCUUGUCUAGAUGUAUCUAGAGCUAGAGCUGCAAUUUUUAGUGUUUGUGUUUGUUUUUUUUUUUUGUUCGUUUUUUUUGUCUUUCUAUUUUCUAAAAUCAAGGAGCCGGUCCUGGUGGUUUGCUCAUUUUCGGUAAAAACGACUAGGAUAUAAAAUGGCAGACAACUGAAAUGAACCAUGAAGCCUUUGUUGACUUGCAUACAAAAACCUGACAGAGUUUAUGUGCAUACAUGCUAGUGUAUGUACUUGAUAUACCGUCUUCCCUUUUAACCUUAAGCUUGAGGGAAAAACACACUCCUAGUCACAUCAACAAACAAAAAAAAUCAUUUUUUCCCCUAUUUCAAAGUAGCCAUGAUAAAAUGCAUACAACUUCACUCAGGCCACUACCUUCUUUUUCUAUCCAUUUGAACAUAAAUAUCAGGUAAAAGUCAUGUUUGUGCAAGAGGACAUGGUUUCCAGGUGUACCGGUGCAUGGGAUGACACCAGUUCUACACAGAUGAUUUUAAAUGGUGUGUCUAGACUGUACUCAGCAGAUGCCAGCAGUAGCAGAAUGAUAUGAACAGAGAGCCUGGGUGAGCUCCACCACACCACAUCUUUAUGGUGCUCACUAAACCAGUAAAGACCACAGGCCGAAACUGAUCCUGCCAUUUUUGCAUUGCACACCGUAACACUGGAAACCUGAAACCUUGCAUUGUACUGGCCCUGGUCAAUGAAAUAAAAUGGUGUACUGAUCCGUUCCACAUGGUAUAAAAUGCAUUGUUAGGAGAGCUAGAUUAACAGCAACAGUAGAAGUAUCAAGAAUGAUGAUUUGUUUUGACUUCUGUCCUCAAUGUAAAAUGCAGAUUUUUUUUUCUUCUUUCCUUCAGAUGACCCAUUUCAUUUAUUUAGGCCAGUGGUGGGCAAACGUAUUGGGACAUAGAAGUGGUCUUCGGCUCCCAGUCAUGCGAUGUCCAGGAAAUGUAGCUAAUAUGUCAACUGGUGUAAAUGUUUGGGCUAAUUAAGUAAUUAAGGUCAGAAGUUGGCAUGAAACCCUGAAACCGAUUUAGCCCUCGUUGCCCACCUCUGAUUUAUGGUAUUUGACGUUGGUUUGUUUUUGCCUAUUAUUAUCAUUAAUGUUUCUUUAUUAUUAAUGUUUCUUUAUUGGUGGAUAUUGUCUGCUGCUCCUGAUUGGAUAACCAUGACUGAACUUGUUUUGAUGCUGAAAUGUUCUUACUCCCUGACAGGGAACACAUUCUCACUGUCUGCUGAUUAUAUGGAUUUGUACUGAUUGUUAAAUAAAGUUAGAAGCUGUAUAUUG